GAAGAGCCUCCAACAUGGCGGGUGUGUUUUGAUGAGCUCGAGCUUGCGAAAAAAGUUAUUAACUCGGCUUAUAGUGUAACAAUUUACUGUACAUCGUUCUACACAGCAAAGUAAAUAUGACGACCCUAGUUUCGUCAGAUGGCCCUGCUGAGGUUAUCAAUGCAAGGAGGACUGAAUCAUUGGAUGCACCAAAUAUUCUAAGAUUGGUUUCACAUGCUACAGAACAGCUAUUUGGACUUGUCAACGUUGUACACCUCAUUGAGAAGGCGGUUCUUGCUGUAACCUUGCACAAUGACCAUGAUGAAGUCUUGGCACAUGCCGCUUUCUUUGACUUCCCAAAUGUGACAGAUGUGGAUCCAGCUAAAUGGGAGCAGUGGAUGAACCAGUACUAUGACUGUGAGGAUAGUACUCCACUGAAUAGUGCCUUUAUGCACUACUUUGUCUCUAAGCAGGAAUUCUCACGUGGAAGCGCAAGAGAAAUCAUCAGAACUGCUUUCAAUGCUGUACCAGACCUCCACUUUAUAUAUCUAGUUGUACCACAGGGUGUCUACCCAGAAUCCUCUUUGUCUGAUAUUUUCAAACCACUGGAUAAGAAGAGCAAUGCUGGCACCUUAGAAAAAUGCGCAAUCUUUGUAUGUUACCGUCAUGAUCACUGCCCUGUGCUGUUUGUGAGAAAAGCACGUGUUGAGGAUCAUGAUGAUCUGACUCCAAUAUUUAACAGACAGAGUGAUAUGCUAUCUAAAACGUAUGGUGACUAUUUCCUAGCUGAGUUGAUUGAAGCUCAAGAUGAUAAUAACCAUGCUCUUGUUACAGAGAAUGAUGGUACAGCUAUAGGAUUCAUGAGUAUCUGUGGUGAAGUGAGCAACUUAGAGCUUUUAAACGACUGUUUCGAAUUGGCUCCUUUCCAUGGUUUACGUAAACCACAUCCAGAUGAUAUACUGGAAGACCCGAGGGAACAAACACCACCACCACCCUCUGCUCCCUCUCCAGUUGGAGCUGUGAUUACCGAAGACCGACCAGGUACCCAAGAUACAACUAAAUCUGACAGGGUAGGCUCUGCUGGUUCAAGGAAAGAUGAAGACCUUGAUGAGUUAGAGGAAGGGGAUGGAGGUGCUGGCAAAACACCAAGUGUGAAAGGAACACCAUUACCACAGCAAGCCACACCACAGUCACAACCACCAGCAUCCAGAGAGGCUGCUAGUGAAAGUGAAGUGAAAAUCAAACGAAAACUUAGUGAUAUACAAAUGGGAGGAAGUUGUAGUUCCUUACAAAGUGAAGGUAGUCGCCCAGAGUCCGCCAAGUCUGGUGCUUCUUCCAAGGUGUCUGGCUCAGUAAAAUCACCAGUACAGGAAGAAUUUGAGGAAGAGCCGCCAGCCCCUGAAAGAACACCAACUCCACAGUUACCAGAUCGAAAAAUGAGAACGACGUUCAAAUCAGUUUACAAUGGACCUAGUAAUUGUUUCUGUAUACAGCUAUUCUGUAUUGAUGAACGCUAUGAAAUGAGGUCUCUAGAUUUCCUACCCAUGGCUUUUGAUCUUUUCCCAGACAGAGACUUCUGUGUUGUCACCAUGCCACACCUUGUUCCCGAAUUCCCAAUGCUGCAAAGUUUUGUGAGGGUAACACCCAGAUGUCCUAGUACUCUCGCGCAGGAAUUGUAUGUAUUCAACAGAUCGGGAUUACUUCAAAAUUUUUUGGUACGACCUGUGUGUACGAGUGACAUGGACUCUAUCCAGAAUGUUAUUAAGAGCCUACACCAUCACGAUAACUUAAUUGCCGAUCUCAAGCAGUACAACAUUGCGAGACGAGAUGUUAAUGGCACACCAAUCCAAGCAUUUGUUGCCUGCUGCCUAAAACAGAUAGUCGGGGUGGCCGUGACAAGACAAGAAGAAGACAUUGAAUACAUUCGUUCACAUUACAAUAUUGAAGACUUCAUCUACUUUAACCAUCACAGAAGACAUGAACACGGACAUUUACACCACUUUGCACUGAAUCCAAUAUUUCAACAUUAUUCGAAACACUUCAUGAAGGAGAUUCUGAGGCAGUCGCAUCAUUCAUGUCUCUACUAUCCCGUGUAUCCACCGUACUCCACAGACGAGACUAUUCAGCAUCAUUCCUUGGUGUCAGCCUUGAAUUUCAUGGUUCCCGUGAGAGCAAGGCGACAGAUCAUCUAUCCAUUGGAAGAUCUAGGAGAAAAUGCACCCUCAGAAAGGGUGUCCAAAGAAGAGGAGAGGUAUGCACUGAAUCAUAUCAAUCGUAAACUCACUCUGGAACCUAAAGUGACAGUGAAUGCUAGAAUUGUUGUGGUUGGAGCCUCAGAUGUUGGUAUAUCAUUUUUAGAAACAUUAACUUUCUGUCCACAUCUAAGAUUUAAUAAUCUGACUUUGAUAUCACCAAAUGGUUUACCAGGAGAGCUUCCUCCAGAUGACAUCAGAGAUAACUUCUUAUCCAGCAGUCUGUGUUAUAUGCAGCAUGAAUUGUCACAGAUAUCAUUGAGAACAUGGGUUAAUGUUGUCUGUGCUAAGAUGGUUGCUAUCAACAGAAGCAGCAAGUAUGUGGUCGUCACCGGUGGAGCUAAAGUACCCUAUGAUCAUCUCAUUCUAUGUACAGGUCAACAGUAUCAGAUAAGUGCACCGACUGAAGCUAAUAUUGAUGAUUUAGUGACCAAUGAAGAAGUACCAAACAACCCUAAUAGGCAUUACACAGGGGUUGUACCCAGUAAUGUGUUCACUAUUAAUGACGAAUAUGAUGCUUUCCAGGCUAAAGUGUGGAUCUCCAAAAAUUUACUUGAUACAGAAGGGAAAGUACUGAUAUAUGGCCACACAUUGGAUGUCUACACCACUAUUCAAACCUUACUGAUGAUGGGAAUACCUGGUGAACGUAUCAUCAUGGUGCAACCACCGCUGAACUACCAACCAACGUGUUUCAACAAUUCUACAAUUGACAAAGCUAUAACCAAUGCAUUGAAACACAGUGGGGUACAGAUCCAUACUGGUUACUACCUGGCUGAGUGGAGUGACUGCAUGGGUGGAGAGGGUGAUGAAGUCCACUGUGCUUCAUUUACCUCUGAUACUAAACCCAUUAAGUUAGAAUGCUCUGUGUUCUUGUGUUACAAUAGGAAAGGUGUUGACUAUGAAGCAUUUAAAGCUAUAAAUGAUAGUUGUCUUGUGUAUGAUGGUAAACUGGUGAUAGACGCUAAUUUCCAUACUAACGAUCUGUCCAUCAGAGGUGCAGGGCCACUCACCAAAUUCCAACGUAAAUACCAUGCUGAUCAGUGGACCCACAGUAACUUCAAUUCCAAGGAGGUGGGAUUUUUAUUAGCAUCAACCAUGUUGAGACUGUUUGAUCCCACUAUAGAAAAUGACAUUGUUCCACCAGAGGAACCUCAUAACCUGAUACCCAUGUAUCGUAGUGCUAAAGUACAGAGUGGGUUCCUACCUGGUGAUUAUUACUACCUAGACUAUGGUAAACCUAGUCUUAAGCAAUCAUUGGAUGCUCUCAUGGCACAACAAGACUAUGGUGAGGAACUGAUCACUGGUCAUCCAGACAAGGAUGGUUCAGAAUAUUUCAGAAUUCAUGUUAAUCAGUACAGUCAAUUAGAAACUGUCACUUGUUUGUCUAAAAAGCCAAUUGACACUGGUAACCUCCUAUGUCUGUAUGGAUUACAUGAACGAUUCCUCAACAACAUGUUGUCCCGAUUUAAGGAAGGUCUGAUCAAAGACUUUUAUGAGUUUUUCAAAGAAACAUGGUGCUUGGCUGUGUUCCAUGAUAGAUUUGGUGACUUCAGACAAGAAAUUCGUGAACUUCUUAUUCAAAGACCAGCUGCUGACUUGCCAUCACUUGAAGAGAAAGUACGUCAAUUGAUAGAGCAGGAUUUACAGUUGGAGAAGAAAGACCGUAAAUACUUGAAUGAUGAAUUUGAAGAUGGUUCGUACCGGAAAGCAGUGGAGACUCGUUUGUUGAGUUUCUUGAGUUACAAUUACUACCAUCUGCCGAUGUACGCCAAACCCGGAAUGGUGUAAAUGGUGAUCAUCACAUCAUAGACACUAACCUUGGCUAGCCUUUGCAACAUCUCACAUAUGUAUGCAUAAACCUUUAAUCUGAUGUAAUUAUACCAUUUUGUACAUAGAGUAACUAUAUAAUAAUUGUUUGUGGAUAUUUGUAAUUUCUCUUCACUGUCCUGACUUUGUAUCAUGCGAAGUUAAUCAAGUUGUAUAACUGAAAAUGUAAAUUUCUGAGUCAGAUAUGAAUCUGGUAAUCUUUUAACUGCUACAUUUAUCCAUCCCAA